UUUCAGCCCUGCGGGUAAUUGUCAGUUACAAAUCGAACAUUCUUCUCCUGUCCGGAGACGGAAAAAUACCAUAACCAUCAACCUCCCCCACCCAAACGACCAUCCAUCGUCUCCAUCUGUGGGAAUAAUCAAUACCCACAUACAUACAGCAGGUCCAGCAACAGCAACAACAACAACAAAAACUGCGAUAUGGUGUGGUCUAGUGAUAAGCAACAACAGUAGGGCCACAGCCCAGCACCCUAUCCGUCGACCACCGCCCACCGCCCUCACCAACUGGAGGAGAAGCAUUCCAGGGAACGAGUUACAAAAAGCAAUUACCAUCCCACAACUCAAAUUUCCUGUCAUUCCUGUCACCUUGUCACCGGGCGCGAACGAUGUCACGCGAGGAACGCAAACCCAUUGUCGACACCUCGAACAGUAGUAGCUGCAGCAGCGGCGACGAGGAGGUGCAUCCCGUGGUGCGACGUCGCAGUGCCAAGGACACGGAACUGGCAUGUCCACCCAAGGAUCCAGGAUGCUGCGACCCCACAAGCACUCCGCAUCGCUUUCUGGCACUGUUGUUUAUGUGCCUCCUGGGAUUUGGUUCCUAUUUUUGCUACGACAAUCCUGGAGCGCUGCAGGAUGUAUUCCAAAAGGAGCUCGAUCUGAAUUCCACCGAGUUUACACUGAUAUACUCCAUCUAUUCAUGGCCAAAUAUUGUCCUGUGCUUUGUGGGAGGAUUCCUGAUCGAUCGGGUCUUCGGCAUCCGCCUGGGAACCAUCAUCUACAUGCUGAUUGUGUUGGUUGGCCAGCUGAUCUUUGCCACUGGCGGAGUCCUGGGCCACUUCUGGCUGAUGAUCGUGGGGCGAUUUGUGUUCGGCAUUGGGGCUGAGUCGCUGGCUGUGGCCCAAAACAGCUAUGCGGUGUUGUGGUUCAAGGGCAAGGAGCUGAACAUGGUCUUUGGACUCCAGUUGUCGGUGGCACGCUUCGGCAGUACCGUCAACUUCUGGAUAAUGCAACCUCUCUAUGGUUACGUCUCGAAAACGUACUCUGGCUAUACCGGUCUGGGAGUAGCUCUAUUCCUGGCCUCCUCCACUUGCGUUAUGUCGUUGCUGUGCACCUUGAUUCUAGGCUGGAUGGACAAACGAGCGGAGCGAAUUCUAAAGCGAAACAACAAUCCUGGCGGGGAGAUUGCCAAGCUGAGUGACAUUGUAACUUUUAAGCUGGACUUCUGGAUGGUGUCGGUGGUUUGUGUCGCCUAUUACGUGGCCAUAUUUCCAUUUGUGGCGUUAGGGCAGUCCUUCUUCGUCAACCAUUUCCACAUGACCCCCGACGAAGCCAACACCGUCAAUUCAAUUGUCUACCUGAUCUCGGCAAUAGCAUCUCCAGUGUUUGGUUUCGUGAUCGACAAGGUGGGCAGGAAUGUGACUUGGGUAUUCUGCGCCACCAUAUCCACGCUGCUGGCCCACUUUCUGCUGACCUUCACACACCUGGAUCCCUACAUCGGCAUGAGCAUCAUGGGCCUUUCCUACUCGAUGCUGGCAGCUAGCCUAUGGCCUCUGGUGUCGCUUAUUGUGCCCGAAUAUCAACUGGGCACAGCUUAUGGCUUUUGCCAGUCUGUGCAGAACCUGGGACUAGCAGUGGUCACCGUGGUGGCAGGAAUGAUAGUGGACAGCAGCGGAGGCAGUCAUUUCUGGCUGCAGAUCUUCUUCAUGUUCUUCCUGCUGAUCUCCUUGCUGGCUACGUGCGCCAUAUGGGCCUACAAUCGGAAGCACCAGGGCAACCUGAACAUGUCCCCUGCCCAACGGUCCACAUACCACACCUCGAUCUCAAUGCAGAGCCCAUUCGUGGAUCGACGGCCUCUUUUGGGCAGCCAAGUACACUGAACAAAAAUGAAACCAAUAUGAAACUAUUUACCAAUUGUGAUGUUAACGCCAUCUCUUUGAACUUGACUUGUUAUUCAACUUGGAGCACAUACUUCUAGUCGCACAUUCGUCGUGGUCGUGGUUCAAUCGGUUAAACCCCUAGCCAAUAUUCUAUAUACAUAUCAAAUCUUUAAUUAUUGUUGUAUUUACGGUUUUGUUGUAUAUAUGUUGAAUAUAUAUUGUUCUAAAAGUACAUUCACCAAACUAAA